CAGGCAGCUGCACAUUCAGAGAGAUACAUAAAUUCAUACAUCCACGGCCAAGGUAGCUCUCGUCGGAGCAAGGAAGGCCGGAGACUGAUCAGUUUGAUAUGGCGAUCAGGAACGUGACGGCGGCGACAAGGUCGCUGGACGGGGACAUGACGGUGGACGAGUUCAAGGAGUGGCUCCGGCGGUUCGACGUGGACCGCGACGGCCGCAUCAGCCGCGACGAGCUGCGGUGCGCGAUGCGCACCAUCCGGACGCGCUUCUCGGGGUACAAGAGCAAGCGCGGCAUCGAGUACGCCGACGCCGACGGCGACGGCUACGUCGACGACGGCGAGGUGGACGGACUCAUCGAGUACGCGCAGAAGAGCCUCGGGCUCAGGAUCGUCGCCUACUAGAGAGGAGUCAAGCUAGGUCUAUCAAGCGAAGCUAGCUCCAUGCAUGCUACCUGCUAGAAUAAGCGCUGAUCUAUCGUUUGCCACCCUGUACCUUUGCUUUCUUGUCUACUUAUUAGCUAAUCUGUGCACCGACGUGUGCGUUUGUGAUCUAUCAUGAUGUAUUUGGAGCGUGUGGCACAGGCGGCCGGCAGGCUCGCCUUUGCCUAUUUCUUGCCACGGUUACCGUCGAUGUUAAUUUGCCCUCUAUGAGAGAAACUGAAAAUAUGUUCUUGUCA